AUGACAGGCAAAGCCAAGCCGAAGAAGCACACAGCCAAGGAGAUCGCGGCCAAGAUCGACGCCGCGACCACCAACCGCGGGGGCGGCAAAGCCGGAAUCGCUGACCGGACCGGACAAGAGAAGGGAGGGCACGCCAAGAUGGAGUGCCCGCACUGCAAGAUUACGGCACCGGACGUGAAGUCGAUGCAGAUUCACCAUGAAGCUCGACAUCCAAAGAUCCCUUUUGAGGAGGAGAAGAUUGUGAAUCGCCAUGCCAGCACCAGCACCAGCACCCAAGUCGCAGAACCCUCCAAGGACGCUAACAAGCCACGACCUGGCGUUCGCGGCAGUCUCAAGAAGUGA